AUGUCUGACGCUGCACCACCUCCUCCGACUACCGUAGUCAAGAAGACUAAGACUUCGAAGCCCAAGGGCGAGAAGAAACCAAAGAUCGCACCUUCUCAUCCUGUGUACAGUGCAAUGAUCAAGGCAGCCAUUAAGGAGCUUAAGGAUCGUAAGGGAGCUUCUAAGCAAGCUAUUCUUAAGUUCAUCACCCAAAAAUACAAGCUAGGAGACAACGAGAAACAGAUCAGUGCACGUCUACGUAUGGCCCUGAAAAAGGGAGUGAUCGCCGGAAGUCUCAAACAAGCUAGUGGAACUGGAGCCGCUGGACGAUUCCGACUACCGGAUAAGGCUGAGGCUCCCGCUACGCCAAAAGUAGCGAAGAAGCCGAAAGCUGCUGGAGCGGCGAAGCCUAAAAAGGCUGCUGCUGCCAAGCCUAAGAAGGCCGCUGGUGACAAGCCAAAGAAGGCCAAGAAACCCAAGUCACCGAAGAAGGCUGCCGCUAAGCCGAAGACGGCUAAGUCACCUAAGAAGCCAGCUGCUAAGAAAGCCACGAAACCAAAGAAGCCAGCCGCUAAGAAAGCCGCUCCUAAAGCCUAA